AUGUUCUCGUAUCCGCACGUUUCUAGAUUAUCUCUGUCGCAUUCUGCCAAGUAUCUCCGAUCUUCAACGACGUCAUACAUAAUUCCUAACGUCCCUCACACCACAAACAAACACCUCGCUUUUCCACGUCAAGCAACAACCAUGGCCUCCGCAACAUCUUUCUUCGACUUCGAGCCCGUUGACAAAAAGGGCGCACCUUUCCCCCUCUCCUCCCUCAACGGCAAAGUCGUGCUGGUCGUGAACACAGCCUCGAAAUGCGGCUUCACACCCCAGUUUGAAGGAAUCGAGAAGCUCUACAAGAAGUUGUCGGCCGAGUACCCGGAAGAUUUCACCGUCCUCGGAUUCCCCUGCAACCAGUUCGGGAACCAGGACCCCGGCACCGACGACGACAUCCAGUCUUUCUGCCAGGUCAACUACGGCGUUUCGUUCCCCGUGCUCGGAAAAACCAAUGUGAACGGCGAUGAUGCCGCCCCCGUCUGGACUUUCUUGAAGGAGCAGCAGCCUGGACUUCUGGGCUUGAAGCGCGUGAAGUGGAACUUUGAGAAGUUCCUCGUCUCUGCUGAUGGCAAGGUUGUCGGUCGCUGGUCUUCUGUUAGCAAGCCCGAGGGUCUGGAGAGUGAGAUUGUUAAGCAGAUUGAGAAGGCGAAGGCUGAGGGUAAGCUAGCUUCUCAGAAGCCUCAGGCUGCUAAGCUGUCCUAA